AUGGCAGCUCGUCAUCGUGCGCGAUUCUCAUCCAUUCAAAUAUUGAGAAUUGCAGAAAUUAAGACUUCUCAAGUGAAACGUCCAUAUAUUAAACAACUACUUGAAAAGAACCUUAGAUUUCCUUUACCUCAUCGCGUUAUGCGGUCCGAAAGAAAAACCAAAUUCUUGGCAAAACGUGAAAACUAUGAGCUUCGAGCUGAUCUUAACAGUGAAUAUCGAGAUCGCCGUAAAGAUGCAAUUAAAAAAGUGAUUGCUAAUAUGACAGUUGGAAAAGAUGUUUCGGGAUUAUUUCCUGAAGUUUUAAAAAAUAUGCAAACAGAAGAUUUAGAACAAAAGAAACUGGUAUAUUUAUAUUUGAUGAAUUAUGCAAAGACUCAACCUGAGUUGGUCAUUUUAGCUGUAAAUACUUUUGUAAAGGACACGGAUGAUAGUAAUCCAUUAAUUCGUGCACUGGCUAUUAGAACCAUGGGAUGUAUUCGAGUAGAAAAAAUUAUUGAUUAUCUUUGUGAGCCAUUGAGGAAAUGUUUAAAGGAUGAUGAUCCUUAUGUUAGAAAAACUGCUUCGAUUUGUGUUGCUAAAUUAUAUGACUUAAACCCCGAGUUAGCUAUUGAAAAUGGGUUUGUUUCCUUGCUACAAGACAUGGUUUCAGAUUCAAAUCCAAUGGUUGUAGCUAAUGCUAUAACUGCACUUGCUGAAAUAAAUGAGGCAUCAACCACAAAAGAUUUAUUUAUUAUUAACACAUCAACACUUACAAAAUUAUUAGCAGCUUUAAACGUGUGUACAGAAUGGGGCAGGAUUGCUAUAUUAACAGCAUUAGCAGAUUUUAAACCAGCUGAUAGUAAAGAAGCUGAACAUAUAGUUGAACGUGUUAUUCCACAAUUCCAGCAUGCUAAUGCAAGUGUAGUAUUAUCAGCAAUUAAGAUGGCACCACCUUUAGUCACAUUGUUAUCCUCAGCCCCAGAAGUGCAAUAUGUUGCAUUAAGAAAUAUAAACCUUAUUUUACAAAAACAACCUGACAUUUUACAAAAUGAAAUUAGAGUUUUCUUUUGUAAAUAUAAUGAUCCACCUUACAUAAAAUUGGAAAAAUUGGAAAUUAUGAUAAAAUUAGCUAGUGAAAAAAAUGUGGACCAAUUAUUAUCUGAACUAAAAGAAUAUGCUUCUGAAGUUGAUGUUGAUAUUGUGAGAAAAUCCGUUAGAGUUAUUGGACAGUGCGCAAUUAAAAUUGAUGAGACGUCUGAAAGAUGUGUUAAUGUUUUAUUAGAUUUGAUAAAUACAAGAGUCAAUUAUGUGGUUCAGGAAGCAAUAGUAGUUAUUAAAGAUAUAUUCCGGAAAUAUCCUCACAAAUAUGAGGGAAUCAUUCCAACACUAUGUGAAAAUUUAGAUGCAUUAGACGAACCAGAAGCAAAGGCUUCGCUUAUUUGGAUCAUCGGAGAAUAUGCUGAAAAAAUAGAAAAUGCCCAUGAUUUAAUUCUUACGUUUUUGGAUACUUUUCGUGAUGAAAGUUCCCAGGUACAAUUACAACUAGUUACUGCAACAAUUAAAUUAUUUCUAAAAAAACCACAAACUACUCCAGAUACAGUACAGAAAAUGUUACAACUUGCGACCAAACAAUGUGACAAUCCUGAUAUUAGAGACCGCGCUUAUAUUUAUUGGAGAUUACUUUCAACUGACCCACAAGCUGGAAAGGCUGUAGUUUUAUCUGAUAAACCAACAAUAUCAGUACAAAGUAAUUCAAUGUCAGGGCCUCUUUUGGAGGAAUUAAUUAAUAAUAUUUCUACAUUGGCAAGUGUAUAUCAUAAACCCCCAGAAACAUUUAUUGGAAAAGGUAGAUUUGGAGCUGAUGCUGUUCAAAAGAAAGCUAUUGAGGAACAAGAAGAAGCUUCAAAUGAAUCAUCUAUUCGAAUGCAAGUUAAAACUAACGUUGAAAAUUUGUUGGAUCUUGAUUAUGAUGAUAGUUUAUUUGGAGAUGAUACCUCAUCUACAAGCCAAUCAACAACGUCAAAUCCAAACAAUAAUAGAAUUGAAGCACUUACAUUUGAUUACAUUGUACCAUUUCCAUUAUCGCUUGUAAUUUCACGUAAAUCACUUACCAAAUAUCAAUUAUUAUUCAGACAUUUAUUUUAUCUUAAGCAUGCAGAACAAUUAUUAUAUAACACGUGGAAAGAACAUACAAAAUCAUAUUAUUGGAAGCACGGAUCUGGACAUCCAAGCAUUGAAGGAUGGAAAGGACAGUUGUAUGCUCUUAGACAAAAGAUGAUAGUAUUCGUCCAACAAUUCAUCUAUUAUGUAACUAGUGAAGCAUCAACAGUAGAUCAAGUAUUAAAAUAUCAUUCGGAUUUUUUAGAUACAUGCCUUAAAGAAUGUAUGCUAACUAAUGCCAAGUUGUUAAGAGUAGAGAAGUUUACAAAAUCACUCGUGUCACUUGAAACACAAGUUGAAUCUAUGACAACAAUAAUACAAAUGGAUUAUCAGGAUAGAACACUUCGUAAAUUCGAAGAACAUUUUGUCUAUCAUAUAAAAUUGCUGAUAGAAGCGUUGAAUUUUUAUUCAGCUACUGAAACUGCAUCAUUUUUAUACCCCAAGUACAAGAAGGGUUAUUUUUCAUUUAAGAAUACUAACUCACAAGACUAUAAGGAUGCUGAAGAAAACCUUCAAGCAAAUAAAUGGGUUGUUGCUCAACUUGCUGAUAUUAACGAGCUUGAUAAAUUGAAUUUUCGUAAGAGAAUGCGUCACGACUUGGAUCAUGAAUAA